CCCAGCGGUUCGCUCUGGAGAAGCCUCUUGGAUUACAAAAGACAAAGAGGAGAAGAGCCUCUUUUUCCACUGCCACCCCUCUGCUAGAAGGGCCAGCUGGGCUCCAGGGUCCUUCCCCAAGCGCCUGCCCAGCGAGCAGCCACAUCUCUUGGUCCAGAUCGGUCCACCGUCCUGCAGCCUCGGUUGAGCAAGGAUGGCCAAUGGAGGUCUCCAGAUGCUGGGCUUCAUCCUGGCCUUCAUCGGCUGGAUCGGCAUCGUGGUCAGCACGGCCAUGCCCCAGUGGAAAAUCUCCUCCUACGCGGCGGACAACAUUGUCACUGCCCAGGCCAUCUACGAGGGCCUCUGGAUGUCCUGCGUCAUGCAGAGCACUGGGCAGAUGCAGUGCAAGGUCUUUGACUCCCUGCUCAAGUUGGCAGGCAGUUUGCAAGCAACCCGAGCCUUGAUGGUGGUCAGCAUCCUCUUGGGCCUCAUUGGAUCUUUUGUCACUAUGAUCGGUAUGAAAUGCAUGAAGUGCUUGGAACAGGAUGAGGUGAAGAAGACAAGGAUGGCCAUCCUUGGAGGUGUCAUCUUCCUUAUCUCAGGCUUUGCUGCCUUGGUGGCUACCUCCUGGUAUGGAAAUGGCGUCGCCCAGGACUUUUUCAACCCGUACACACCUGUCAACACCAGGUUUGAAUUCGGCCAGGCACUCUUCAUCGGCUGGGCAGCCUCCUCCCUGACCAUCUUGGGCAGCGCCUUUCUCUUCUGCUCGUGCCCCCGGCGAGAGACCUCCUACCCACCAACUCGGCCGUACCCCAAGCCCGUCCCCUCUGCCGGGAAGGAUUAUGUAUAAUGUGGCGGGGGAGGAAGACGCGAGACGCCGGCAUCGGAUGACCCCCGGGGACACUGCUUUACUCCUGUCCUGUGCUGGGCAGAGCGAUCCUGCUUUGGCAUGCCGCCCUUGCCCACCCUCCCCUCAGUGAACUGUGCCUGUUUGUAGCCCCGUAUCCAUUUCUGUUCCUGGCCAGGCUGCGGGUCCCGCUCUCCUGCCUGAUAGGAAAGCCAAGGAGGGGAUUCACCCUGAAAUCAAGCACACAGACAUUGGGAAGACCCACCUCCCUCGGUGGGGAGGAAAGGCGAGGCAGCCAUCCCCAUUUGGCCCCGUUGUCUCCCCUUCUCCAGUCCCUUAAUACCUGCUCCACUCUCUUUGCACCCUUUUGAUAGAUUUCUCUGCAGGCAUCAGAAGACCCCCGUGUGUCCAAGGACGAGAGGUUCCAAUGUCCUGGAGAAAGGGCUGCUUGGAGAGCCCUGUCCCAUGCGUGGAUGUGCUGAGCUUCCCUCCCUCCCCAUAGACUCCAAAUGCAGACCACUGUGAGGAGCAGAGCACAGGGAUUCCAGCAGCAUGACCCCCAGCAGCGUGGGUGGGAGUGUGCAAAGUUGUUAAACGCAGAGCGAAGCGCAACCCCUCAAGGUUCAGGUUGCCAGGACGCUUUGGCUCCGAAGGCCAAGAGAGGGCAAAGGUGUUUCUGGUUGGGCUUCUAUACUGAACUUUGCAGGGGCCCCAGAGAUUCCCCAUUGCCUUUUUCAAUUGCCCCGUGCCUGUGUUUCCCCCACCACUUCCUCUACUUUUUGUUCUUUUUCACAGCCACUUGGUUAAGGAGGAAAAGAGAGAAUCAGUGCAAAAUGUAGUUUGGGGUAGGAGUGCUCGGGACACUUCACUAAGAAGCAGUGUGCAUGCACAGAUGUGCUCUUACAUGCCCAAGCACACACAUCCCAUUCCAUGUGCAAAAGCAGCUUGGUCUGUUCACCAGCAGUUUGCCACAAUUGUGCCUGCAUCAUGUGCAAGUGACUGUGGCCCAUCCCCUAGCCUUGAGGGCCAUCAGGAGGCCAAACAUGUUGAUUAGGGUGGGAAUAGCUUGGUGGGGGGGCAAUUGGAAGGAAGCUCAGGAAGCAUGGCCAGUGGCACCCUUGAUUUCCUAGCGCCCCCCCCCCCACAAUUUGACCAGCUGCUGUAGCCCCAGCCCCAAAUCUGUGCAAGUACAGCAUGACUGGAGAACCAAAUAGGGUGGGGAAAUCUGGCCAGCUGGUCUACAGAUCCAUUAACUGCUUCUUCCCUGCAGCUGGUGGGAAGAGAUCUACUGCAUAACACAGAGAGAGACACAGAGGUUACUCCCACCACCACCACCACCACAGACUCAAAGCACCCAGGCCAUUUCGUUACCCUGCUCUCAAAGCCUGAAACGGACAUGAGCCUCCCCAGCUCUAGGGCAUCCAGAAGUGUUGGAUUGCAGCCUCCCAGUGCAAAACAUCUGGAGCGCAAGCCAACGGGGGAAAAGACAGAGGGAAAAAACCUUUGAAAAAUCUCCAGGGGUCGAAGUGGAAGGAAGAAAGCCCGUUUUCCCUAUCACAAGGUCCCCCUGCAGUAAACAGGAAUAUUUCUACCUCUUUUGCCACAGAAAUGGGCUGUGAAAAACUUGCUGCCAGGUGGACACCCCCCACCCACUCUGAGGCGGGCCCCAAUUUUUCACUCUGCCCUGAACCUCACUUGUGGUUGUGAUUGAUUAAGUCUGCAAAGCUACAAACACUUACUCAGGAGUAGGCCUCACCAGUCUUAGGGCACCGCAGAGCAAACCUGCACAGGAUCCACCUGGCUUCUCUCUUGGCUGAAAUGCCUCCCUUGUGGGUGAACCAUUUUUCCACUUCGUUCAGUUUAACACAGGGGCAUCUGUGCCCAUUGGCUAAACUUCCCUGGGGUGGGAUGGGGACACAAUUCUGUGAGAAAAAUUGUAUGAAGUAUUAACUGUUUUCA